GGGAAAAUUUGCAGUGGUGAGGAAAUGUAUAAAGAAAGAUUCUGGAAAAGAAUUUGCAGCAAAGUUCAUGAGAAAAAGAAGAAAAGGCCAAGAUUGUCGAAUGGAAAUAAUUCAUGAGAUUGCUGUACUUGAACUAGCACAAGACAAUCCUUGGGUCAUUAAUUUACAUGAAGUGUAUGAGACUCCAUCAGAAAUGAUCUUGGUUCUGGAAUACGCUGCUGGGGGUGAAAUCUUUGACCAGUGUGUUGCAGACCGAGAAGAAGCCUUUAAAGAAAAAGAUGUUCAGAGGCUCAUGAGACAGAUUUUAGAAGGUGUCCACUUUUUACACACUCAUGAUGUAGUUCAUCUUGAUUUGAAGCCUCAAAAUAUUCUGUUGACGAGUGAAUCUCCACUGGGUGACAUUAAGAUAGUUGAUUUUGGCCUUUCAAGAAUAAUGAAGGACAGUGAAGAGCUUCGGGAAAUUAUGGGUACUCCUGAAUAUGUGGCUCCUGAAAUUCUUAGUUAUGAUCCUAUCAGCAUGGCAACAGAUAUGUGGAGCAUUGGAGUGCUCACGUACGUCAUGCUAACAGGAGUAUCGCCUUUCUUAGGCGAUAAUAAACAAGAAACGUUCUUGAACAUCUCACAGAUGAAUUUAAGCUAUUCUGAGGAAGAAUUUGAUGGUGUAUCUGAGUCAGCAGUAGACUUCAUCAAGAGCCUUUUACUUAAGAAACCUGAAGAUCGAGCCACCGCUGAGGAAUGUCUCAGACACCCCUGGCUGACACCAAGCAGUAUUCCUAGUCCUUACAAGCUGAAAGGAACAGUAGAAGCAGCAAACAUCCUCCAAGAAGGUGAUUCUGUGGCUGCAAUUAAUGAAGAUGCCGAGAAGCCAGAAUCCGAGGGAUCCCUUGUGACGGAGGAGUUAAUUGUAGUUACUUCAUACACUCUAGGACAAUGCAGACAGUCUGAAAAAGAGAAAAUGGAGCAAAAAGCCAUUUCUAAACGAUUUAAAUUUGAAGAACCAUUGCUGCAAGAAAUUCCAGGAGAAUUUAUCUACUGAGCUAUAUCUCCCUUUAGAACUUUAAGAUUUCUCCAUUGAAAUGUUAAUAUUAUUUAUGGACCUCUGGCCAAAUGUAUGUAUACGGGAAGUGGGUAGCCAGGAAGAACCGAUAGAAAAAAAAUAAUUUUGUCAAACUUUUGGAGUUAAGUGAAUCAAAACAGGUUUAUAAAAUUGCCAGGCAAGAAUUUAACAGGUAAAGCUAUCUGUUUCAGUGUUCUUUUUAAGGAGAGAGAUGUUUGUACCUUUUAACACCCUGUUUCUCUAGAAUGAGAGCUUGUGUACAAAGAUACUUGUAUUUACUUUAAAAAGUGAAGUAAAAGUGCCAAAAUUACACUUCCAGUAAAUCUCUUUUGCAUUAUUCGUGUGCACUUAUACCUGCAUAUAUGUAUUUACUGAAAUGGAUACACUUUUUCAUUUUGGAUUUGUUUGGGAGGACAAGAUUUUAAUUUCAGUAGAUACCUUUAAAUGUUGGAGACUUACAAAAUAUACCUACUUUACAUUGAGUGGA